AUGCUCAUGCCCAUGCCCAUGCUCAUGCUCAUGCUCAUGCUCAUGCAUGCCGAUCUCGACACCCCCCGUCUACACAUCGACAUCCCAACUCCCAAGCGCAAUAAAACACACACUCUCUUUUUCCCGGUGUUUUUGUUGACUUUCCUCGACUUUCCUCCGCUUUCCUCCAUCCAGCCGCCCCCCAUGUUCUCUCCAACUCUGUUGAGAGCAGUCCUAUUGGCAUUUGCCGCUUCGGGUACCCUUGCCCAUUCGCAUCUUCACGUCAGGCAGAACCAAUCCGAACGGGUUCCAAAGCCUGUAGGAGAUGCACUCCAAAAAGCUGCCGCUAUAGUUGACACCGUACUCACCAGGCUCAUGAAUGGCAAGACCGUCGCUGCAAAUACCACGGUGCAGCAGCUUGCGAUUGCCGCUCCUAAAGCCGCCUCGGUCGGAACCAGUGUCAAGAGCACCGUCUUGAUCUUGGCCCGUGAUGAGGCUUCGGCAUACUCCGCCACAUCGGGCCUUAACGGUUACGGCAUCCCCUACGAAGUUGUCCAGUUUCCGCAAGGCGGCGGCACACUCCCAACCCUCAACAGCUCUACCGCCACGGGCAACUAUGGAUCAAUUGUCAUUCUCUCCGAGGUCUCUUACGACUAUGGUGGAAGCAUCGGCUUCCAGAGUGCCCUUACGUCUGCUCAAUUCGCCACUUUGUACCAAUACCAAGUCAGUUUCGGCGUCCGCAUGGUCCGCAUCGAUGUCUAUCCCAGUUCAGCAUUUGGCACUGCUGCUAUUGCGGGCGGAUGCUGCGAUGCGGGUGUCGAGCAGCUCGUCAGCAUUUCCAGCACUGCUGCGUUUCCAAAUUCGGGAAUGAAGGUUGGUGCCGGUGUCAGCACAGCUGGUCUCUACCAUUAUCCUGCAACCAUCUCCAACUCGUCCAUCGCAACGGAAUUCGCCUCUUUUGCACCAGCCGCGGGCUUCCCCAGCAAAUCCACUGCGGGGGUCAUCAACACGAUCGAUGGUCGCCAGCAGAUGGUCUUCUUCAUUAGUUUCGCAGCAGAUUGGUCUUCUACAUCCAAUUACCUGCAGCAUGCAUGGAUCACGUGGGUGACCAGAGGCCUUUACACUGGAUUCCGUCGGGUCUACUUGAGCACUCAGGUCGACGACAUGUUUUUGAUCUCGGACAUUUAUAGCCCUGCAGGAACUACGUACCAGAUCACGACUCCGGACCUGGACCAACACGUCACCUGGACCAAGGAUAUCAACACCCGAAUGUCUCCCGGAAGUACCUACUUCAUGGAGAUGGGUCAUAACGGUAAUGGAAACAUUGACAAUGCGGCCAAGGCAACCAACGGCGCUACUACGUGCGGCAUCGGUCCCAUCGACUACCCUGGACAGAAUGAUACCGCUCUUGAGUUCCAGAAACCUUUGGGAACCGGUACCAACUUGUGGCCUUCCACCCCGGCGACGUAUCCCUACACGCUAGCUUGUACGAACUUGGACAAACUGAAGGUCUGGUUCGCGAACCAGGCCAACCUCAACGCCAUGGCCCACGUCUCGCACACCUUUACCCACCUGGACCAGAACAACGCGACGAACUUUGACGUUAAUCGAGAGAUCUCGUGGAAUCAGGCCUGGCUCAAGCAGGUCGGGAUUGCAGCGGCCACCCGAUUCUCGCCUAAUGGCCUAAUCCCACCCGCCAUCACGGGUAUGCACAAUGGGGAUGCCAUCAAGGCGUGGGCGGACAACGGAAUCAAGAACGUCGUCGGCGAUAAUACGCGUCCCGUCUUGAGGAAUAAGGAAAAUGAGAUGUGGCCACUCACCACCACGGUCGCCGACAACGGAUACGCUGGAGUCACCAUUAUCCCACGCUGGGCGACCAACAUCUACUACAACUGCCAACUUCCCGCCUGCACCGUCGCGGAAUGGAUCAACACCUCGGGCGGAUCUGGUGAUUGGGAUACUCUCCUCGCCGUCGAGAAGAACACCAAUACCCGCCACCUCCUUGGUCUGCGCCACGACCCAUACAUGUUCCACCAGGCCAACCUGAACUAUGUCACCGCCGGGACGACGACCAUCAACGGCGUCACCAAGAAGCUCUCCAUGUUGCAAGCCUGGGGCGAGGUCAUCAUCCAGGAAAUGGUCCGUCUUGUCAGCUGGCCCGUAAUCUCGCUAAAGCAGGACGAUAUUGCAGCCGAUUUUACCAACCGCAUGGCACGGGAUAAGUGCAAACCCAGUCUCUCAUUCACUACCAACCCGAGUUCGAAGACCAUCACGGGCGUGACUCUGACGACCACCGGCAAUACCUGCGCUGCGAAGAUUCCCGUAACGGUCCCAGGAAGCGUUACUAGCACCCAAGGCUUCACAACCGAGAAGAUUGGUGGCGACCCGCUCACCAUCUGGGUUUCCAUGUCCGGAUCUCCCGUGACCUUCACGCUGAGCACCCCUGUGGCGUACUAG